GAUAUUGUUGCUCUGUUUGACAGACACGUGAGCUCACAUUGGACCCCAACACAGUGAAUGAAAAUCUACUGCUGAGGGACGAUAACAGAAAAGUACAAGUGACAGAACAAAAACAGCCAUAUCCAGAUCACCCUGAGAGAUUUGAUCAUAAGAAGCAGGUGUUGUGUCAGGAGGGUCUGACAGGGCGAGCCUACUGGGAGGUGGAAUUUGAUGGAAUGGUGAAUAUCGGUGUGGCAUACAAGAGCAUUCCAAGGAAAGAAGGUGUAGACUCUGGAUUCACCGACAAGAUAUGCUCUGUUACUAUUCACACAUCCAAAGGCUGCUCCAUCUUUCAUGGGCAAAGAGAGACUUUUAUACCAAUCCCAGUCUUUCAAGUCAAAGGAUUCCAGGUGAGCCCAGAGAGAUUUGGCGUGUAUGUGGACUUCCCAGGUGGAAUUCUGGCUUUCUAUUGGCUGUCAGCUGAAGCAAAAACUCUCAUUCACACCAUUCACACCACUUUCACUGAGCCCCUCCACCCGGCAUUCACCAUUCUUAGUGGAUCACUAACCCUGUGCACUGUAGCCAAGCUGGAAAUGAAUAAUGUUCAGACGUGCUUCACACCUGAACUGAUAACUGAAAAAAAUGGCAUUUCAUACAGGUCAAAGUGCAGCAAGAACAUGCCAGGUUCAUUCAGGCUCCAUACUUCUGUUCUCUCAACAUCGACCACAGUUACCGUCUCACCAGUAGCCCUGAAGAAUUUGAAAUACAACCACAAAGUGCACAGUUUUUUCCAAAUUUUGGACCAAAUUACCACCCAACCUUUGAGGUAAUCCUGAGUAGAAGCACAAAAAAAGUGUGUUUGAUGAUCAAAGAUCAGAAGGAAACAGUGUGGGAGCACAGAGUUGGUAACUGACUGGUAAGCGUAAAUCCUGCAACAGUGUGGAAUUUGACUGGGAAAAGUUAAGGAGUUUUCAGAUGUGGAACUGUUCCAAUGGGUUCUUCUCCAUCAAAAUCCAAAUCUUUUUCCAGUUUUGUCUUCAGGCACUGUUGCAGAGGACACUGUGACCACAAACAUUUCAGCAGAUGAGAAGCUGCUGUGUGCUCGCAAACACUUCGUCGUACAGGUGUCCAAUCCGGUUCUAGACAAGCUGCUGGACGGACUUCUGGAUCGCAGGGUGAUAACCGAUGAAGAGAACAAGACAACCCGAUUCAAACCCAGAGUGGACAAAGCCCGAGAUAUAAUUGACAUGGUGUGAGGGAAAGGCAAGAUAGCAAGUUCGUACGUGAUUGAACUUUUGUUCCAGUUGGAUCCGUAUCUUUGCAAAGAUCUCAACUUAAGCUGAUGCAGAAAAUCUGUAAUACAUUAAAGUAUCUGUCAGUGUGGUAAGAAACUUUUUCACCAGCCUUUUGUUGGUUAUUUAAUAAAUGAAAAAAAAAAUGUACUAAAGAUGUUGGAACUUGCACAGUCCCAACCUAAAAUUAAGUAAAGCUGAAUUUACUAACAUGGUAUGUUGUUUUCUCAGGAAGUAGGCUUACUUUGUGUUCCUAGUGUUAAAAAGAAGUCAGCAGGAUAGAGAACCUUUUCGUAUCUUGCUCCAAUCCUGUGGGAC